AUGUCCGACACCGCCGAGGCUUCCACCAGUAGUAACGUGAGCGGCAAGCGAAAACUCUACGUUGCUUGCAAUGCCUGCCGCUUUCGCAAAGUCAAAUGCGAUCGCGAGCCUCGUCUUGAACAGGGUUACUCGGCUUGUACCAACUGCGAGGGUGCAUCCAUGGACUGCGUACUCACCGUCAACCCUCCCAAGAAGCGUCUGGGUAAGCGCAUGAAGAUGCUUCAAGAGCAGCAGGAGGUGGGGGAGGCCGUAUCUAUCGACGCAACAGAAACAAUGACUUCAUCUGCAUUCACCCAGAGUAAUGGCCAAGCAUCGCAUGCGCCACAGAUGAGCUCAACGACUUCGUUCAACGGCGCCAUCGAAAUGUCACCCGGGUUUUCUAGCUUACUCGAAGCUGUCUCGCAACAACAGGGAGCUACUUUUCAAGACGAGCCUCCAACAAUAAACGUUACCACGGAUGGCACUCAUCUCCCUCCUUACGCAGAGGCGUCAGACACUCGCAGCUCCAUCAUCCAGAAUGGCAUGUUCGCUGCUUUCGACACCAGCAAUGCAGACGUCUUUCGCUUUUCUACCGGCAGCACCCCAGUCAACGAACUGCAUGGCUCCAGUCGCCAGAUUGCCGACACAUCAACGGGACCUACCGACCCUUCAUCUUCCAGUGCCACGCCCAGGUCAGUUACCGCUGCUGCCUCGGACCAAUCAUCGCCGGAAGUUAUCUCAUCGCAGGGCACCUUUCUCAGCUCAAAGAUCACAAACGCUGUCUCGACACAAACCAACGCGCUGAAACGGCGUAACCCUUUCAACAAGCCCUCUCCCAAUAACGCCACAGGUCAAGUUGGCUUUGUCGGUGGACUGCUUGGCAUCGUUUCGCUAGACAAGCAGCUUUUGGACGUCUGCGUCAAGGCCUACUUUGAGAGCAUCGGUCAGUGCAUCGGCUUCAUCCGUCCCGAGUGGUUCUGGCCCAGAUACCACGCCUUCUUUUCGCGCUACAGCGGCCUCUUUGUGGGUUCCAGUGCGGAUACAGGCGACGAGCCGCUUUCAGAGUUGCUCUUGAUCGCGGUGGCAUGUCGUGGUGCAGGAGCGAGCCAGUUUGCCAACCGCUUCGAGCUGCAAAAGGAUCUGUACGAACACUACUGCAGGCUGAUCAAGGAUCGCGAUCGUCUGGUGCGCGACGGGUUUGAUGCGCUGGAAUCCGUGGUGCUCAUGGUCGAAUACGUCGACAGCGAGCCCAAACCGAUCGCGGAUUCCAUGUCGGCGCAAGGCGUGUAUGACGUCGACGUCCUGUCGCAUGAAGGGCUUAUCCGACUCAUGAAGAAGCUCGAGCUGCAACGAGAGAAGCCAUUCGGCGUACGUCUCGAGGGUAGGGAUUCAGUGCGGCAGAGGAUUCUAUUCUGGACCAUUUACGUCUAUGAUGCCAUCCGGUCCCAAGCAGGACGCACAACACCGCUCAUCGAAGAAGACGAAAUCAGCCUGAUACGCAGUCUUCCGCUGUGGGGUAGCAGUGCAACCGAUGCGAUGCGCAUGGCGUUCCGCGACUACUUCGUCGACCUCUCCAACAUCUGCCGCUACGUUGCGUACAAGAUCCAGUCCCCGCGCGUCCAAGAUGUCGGCAUUGACCCUCGAGAUGUGCUGCGCGUGCUUGACGACUUGAAAGCGUGGCACGACCAGCUCGGCCCCCUGUUUACAUGGGACUGGAACGACAUGCUGCACAUCACCGGUCCUACGCACCCCGAAGAUCAGAGCCGCCGCAGCUUCAUUAUCUUUCUCUUUCUCGGGCAAUGGCUAGGGCUCGAUUACGCGGUCGAAGAGAUCGGCUUCUCUUCGGACUGCGAUGCCAAGUUGAAGCAAGAAGCGAUACGAAGACUUGAACACGAGGUACAAACAACGCUGGACCGACAAGUGCUGGUCUGCGAUCACGGAACGCUGUUUGGCAUCAUCCGGCUGCAUCCGGACCUGAUGCAGUCCUGGUCCGUCACCUGGGCGUUUUGGUGCAUCAAGCGCAUGCAAGCCCUUCUCGAGCAAGAGAGUGAGGAUCGACUGGCUAGCGCCAAAGCGACUCAGGCCUUCCAGCGAUACCAGUCAGCGGUGCUCUGCUUUAUCAACGCUGCCGCCAGCUGCGACAGUGCACUGCAGACGCCUGAGAGGGUGCAGCAGCUCAUGACCGCGCUCAAAAAGGUGACGGAAGCGAGAAAUUCGACCCGGCUCACAUUCGAUCGUGGAGUGUAG